UUUGUUUGUGCGGUGCGGGGCGCGGGUUUGGUUUGUGGCUGCGAUAAAAAAUGAUAUUAGUUCUUCCAAUUAUUUAUUUUUAUUAAAUCGUUAUUAGCAAUAACUAAAUAAUUAAUCAUGUCGCAGUCAAGUGAAGUAGUACCUGUACAAUUGUUUUACUUUUGUUUUAAUUUUCGGUGCGUUUGUGUUUAGAUUUAAUUUUCAGAAAAUACAAAUUAUGGCUUACGUUAACGUGAAGGAUUGGUCUGUGGAGCAAGUUACGGAAUGGUUGAAAGGACUGGAUAGUGUGAUCGCUCCGUACACAAAAUCGUUUGUGAACAAUGAAGUGAAAGGCAAUCAGUUACUGAGCCUGAGAUCCGAUGAUUUGGAACACCUGGGCGUGUACACAAUUGGACAUCAGGAGAUCAUACUGGAAGCGGUAGAACAUUUGAGAAAUUUUCAUUAUAAGCUGGACAAGGAAAAUUUACAGAUGCUAGCCCUCCGAUUAUCAUGCGCCGCAAACUCACUGUAUAAUGAAUUAGCACUUACCGAUGAGGAUUGUACUAUGGUUCCUACACAAACUAUGUCUGAUGUUCACAAUGUGAUUACAGCUAUCAAACCACUAGUAUGCUGGCUUGACAGGUCACCAUUUCGUGGUAAUAAGGAUUAUGUCGACUGUAAAAUUCAGUUGUUGCAAUUAAGUUUUGAAAUGGCCACACACGCGCAUCGUGACAUUUUUUCCGAAAAACCUCUUCGUACCAUCCGAGACAUUUCGAAAACUUUAGUACAGCUUGCCGACCACAUUAUCCAAGAAAUGUCCGAUCCAAUGAUUCUACAACCAGCAUCUCUAGCGUUAGCCACACUAAAGAAAAAAGAACAGGAAUUGGGUUUUUUCUUGCUACCGAGUCAUUAUGCGGUCCAUCAAAUUGCGGAAAUCAAGUACGGUUCACCUGCUCACAAUAGCAGUAAGAUACAGGAGGGUGACGAAAUUGUUCAGGUGAAUUAUCAAACGGUCGUCGGUUGGCAAAGAAAAAAUGUUUUGUUGUUACUACAAGAGUCUCCGCCCGAAAUUGUGCUUACGUUGAAAAAGCGACCAAGGCAUACGAAAAUUUACGGUCAGAUCUAUAUGAAACCCUAUCGUUUACCAAGUAAAAAAAGAGCCACUCCAUAUUCGCGUUGGAAUGAUAAUUUACCAUCACCACAAUUACUGGCAAUUCACGAUCUUCCCGAUAUUCCUCCCCCCAGGUUACCUCCAGUUGUGCAACAGUCUGAAACGGAAACUGAAAUUAGUAGCAGUAGUGAUAGUGAAACUUUAGAUAGCCCGCUCGACGGUAGUAGAAGGGUGUAUCCCUUAAAGCCAAGGCCAGUUUUGCAAAGGAGAAAUACUGUGACAGGUGCCAGUCCUACAAGCAAGAGACCACAGCAGGCUAUUGAACAGUACUGGCAGCAACUAAAAAAUCAAGCUGCGUCAAGACAUUCUAGCUCAUACACAAUUCCCAGUAACAAGUACGACGAUGAUUCCACACUACUUCGAGACAAAAGUGUGUCUUGUGGAGAUGGUUUUGACCUCUCUCCACGUCCAACCACAGUCAUAGGGAUAGCAGGUAAUCACUGUGGAGUAAACGGUGACUUUAGGAAGCAAUUUAACGGGAAGUCAUUUAAAAAGAAAAAAGUGAAUUUUGACGACAAUAUGCCGAACAGCAAAAUAGAUAACGCCAACACUCGCCGAAAGUUAAGUGAUGAAAGAAGCGUCAGCGUUACCUCGUUAACUAGCUUGAAUGAAAAUUUGGACUUCAUCGAUGAAGGGGAGGACAUUACUGAUAGAAGCAACAUGCGCGCGGAAUGGCAAAAACAAAUUGUCGAGGAGAUUAUUGACACCAUCAAUGUCGACGUUCAAGUUCCUGGAGAAGACACAGCAAAGGAUGAUACCUUUGCAGAAGUACACGUUCACAAUAUAAUUAAAAAGUUUGAUGAACAAAGCGUUGCAAAUAUGUGGGAUCCAAAGACUAAACCGAAAGUAUUUCCUAAGAAUGUGAUUGAGAAGCCACCAGAAUUGCCUCAAAAACCGGACCUGUCACGAAAACCGGCUGUUCCGCCGAAGAAUAUAAAAAUUAGAGGUCAUUUAAGUAAGUGCAACAGCACCCCUGCAUAUGACCAGUCGGAGCCGCAAAGCACUGCAAGUUCCGAAGUAGUUUCCCCUAAGCCAUCAAGUCAAUUAGAUUUGGAUACAGUGAGUAAACCGAUUACAUACGAACUAGGUAUACCAUUUGUCGAAGAUAUCGACGCCGCCUUUUAUAAUAAAAAGUACCCCUCAAAGCCGCAAUUCGAAAACGGAGGUGAUGGAUUAGUACAGAUAAAAGAUUAUCAAUACAUACCUCCGAAACCCCCACCUAGAGCAAAUAUUACAUCCGAUUUAGGUAAGAAUUCCGAUCGUACCUCGGAAUUAAAGGCUUCCACAAAGCGUUUGGGAUCCCUCGAAAAUCUAGAUGCGAUUCCUUUCGAACCAAAAAACAUUUCCACUCCCAACACGAAGGGGUACAAAAUGGAAUUUCCCGAAGUUGAUGUGUCGUACUCGAAAAGUUCGUCCAACUUGGAAUCACUAAAGAUGGCGUCUGAUACGAAGAUAUCACCCACUAAUUCCAUAGUUCGUGCCAUGAUGUAUUCUAGUAAAAGUAAAAGCGGCAAGAAGAAGAAUUCUAUUGUGGCAAGAAGAAGAAAAGUGGCCGUUAAAGACGUGGCACCUGGAGAAAUACAAGGCUAUUUAUAUCAACGUUUAAGGUCUAAGCAAAGUCAGUCAGUUCAAUGGGAGAAGAGAUGGUUUGUUUUGAAUGGGAGCUGCCUGUAUGGAUUUCUAUCGAAGGAAUCUGUUAAAGCAAAAUGUUUAAUAUUCUUGUCCGGUUUUACGGCUUCAAUUGCGACUGAGGUAAAGUCCAGAUCCAACGCUUUUAAGGUCUACCACACGGGAACGGUCUUCUAUUUUUCAGCAGAUAACCCUGAAACUCUGUCUUCUUGGAUUGAGCUAAUAACAGCCGGAACACUUCUGUAUGACAAUGUCAAGUCGAAUGAUUCAAUCCUGUUUUCAGAGUCUGACGAUUCUGACUCUGAGAAAAGCAAAGGUUCAGGUGAUCGAUCAAAUGAGUCCCUGAAAAAAUUUGGCUCAUUAAAAAAGACUGCAUCUGGCAAAAGUGGAACGACAGCUCCGAGCGGUAGUUCUAGCCUAGACAGAAAGUGGUUCUUCAAUAAAACGAACAGUAUUUAUAAGAAUUCUGUACCGGUGCCUACAGCACAAUUUAGGUCUUAUAGGAAGAUUCCUUCCGCCAGUAUUAGUACAGUAAGCAGCAUUUCGACAGGAAAUUUUACCUCUCACAUACCAGAUUUUUCACCUCGUUUCGAAAUGCAGGGAACCUCAUCGGUUCAAAGCAGUAGUACAAACAAUCUCGCCACAGAUUUGCCGAAAAUUGUUGAACCAGAAGUGGCGGAGAAAGUGAAACCUAAGCAGAAGCCAAUUAAUUACGUGCACGCCAGUAAUCCAAAUCUAUGCGAUAUCAGCGAUUUUCAUUUGAGAAAUUUUCAAAAAAUCCAACCAUUUCAACAUGGUAAUGAUAAUUUGGCUGGGUUUGUCACAUUGGAAGAGCUAAUGAAUCGUCAGACCGAAGAACAGAAGCUGAACCCCCAUGCCUUUAAAGAUGAGGUUGUGAAUCCUAGUUCGAUUUAUGCAGAUGUGGUAUAUGGUGAGCUUCCUAUUCGUCCAAGUAAAGACACUGAACCUCGAGAACGUGCCACACGAAGAGUGUCACAUAGCAGAACCGCCUCAGAUUGUUCGGAACGUAUUCUCUCGAGCAAUACAAAUAAUAAAUCGCCUCAAGAUUCCUCGAGUUUCUGUUUUGGUAAGCGUGGAUCGUUGAAGAAACAAAAGAAUGAUGGUGACAUGUACGGUAUAUGCACAUAUCCCAAAUCGAAAAUGGUCGAAGAGAAGCCGAAUCAAUCUUUACCAAGGACGCAUAAGGUGCAAGAGGGGAUGGAAGUGGAGGAUUCCAUGUGUAAGUCUAAAAAACAAAGUAGAAGGAAUAGUAGCGACCAAAAGUCCUUCAUAAGUAGAGAGUACUCAGUGUCUUAUGUUGAUUUAAAAGACAAAUCGAACGAGAUGGUCUAUUGCCCGCAAACUUCAACAGAUGUGCAUUUUGCGCAAAAUCGUACCUUGGAUGGCAAGUGUAAAUCAAACAAAAUCAUCAGACAGCACAGUUUGACAUCGAUGGAUAAAAAACGAGGUAAAAUGAACGCUUCAGGAGAGAAGAUGUGGAUCGACUCGUUGCGGAAAAAUGAUAAGGUCUGUGAUAAAAGUAGUGUGAGUGUGAAAUUAAAGUCGGCAAUGCAGUACACGCCAAUGUCUCUGCCACUAACGCCCAAUGAUAAAGGAAAGAUGAAUCCUAAGUUUGCCUUCGAGUUAAAUUUGGACGAGAAGGUUACAAAAACCGGAAAAUUUCGUAGUUUUUUCGGAAAGCAAUCCGAAAAUAAAAAGGAAAAGUGUUUCAUGGGUUCGCCGAAAUUUGCCAGGUCUUCCUUAGAAAAAGGUAAACACACCGAACCCGCAACUUUAGGUUGGCCUCCGGAUCCUAAUCAGUGUCAGCCUCAAUAUUUAUUACACAAUUACUAUUAUAUUGAAGAAUCGCCAUCUUCAAAAAACGCAACUUCUGCGCCAUUAAAUACAACCCCUUCCGCCGAUUAUCCAGGUUUGGAAUACCCACCCGUAUUUGAACCUGAAACGUAUUCACUUUCAGACCCUCAAUGUAGUAUAAAUCUUUUGAGAAAACAAGACAAAAAUAAUUAACGUUUAUUUUAGUUAAUUUAUUUGGGCUGUAUUGUAAGAUUUAUGAUCAUGUUGAUAUUAACUUGCAUUGAGAAGACAUAAUGAGAAUGCUUUUAAAAAUCCCAAUCAAUUAAUCGUGUACAACUGUAGAGCAGUGCUAAACUCAUAUAUACUGCUAACAAAGCAGUGCUUUGCUAUUAAAUGUUUUCCGCAUGCGCGCUCAGAGCAGAUAUCUUCGUUCCUGAUGAACUGUUCAAUGCUCCACUGAUCUGUACUGAUAUUUAUUUGCGAAUGGAUAUUAUUUUAAAGUUGAUCUACUCAGAUAGAGAUACUUGAAUUAUUAAUAUUGGCCUAAGCUAUUUCUAAUAACCCUCUGUAUAUUUAAUAGCGCAUACAUAUCAUGAAGUACAGGCAGUAAUGUGGACGAUGAACAUUGUCAACACUAAGCGUUUUUUUAU